AAAACAUUGAAGUUGUUUAUAGUAAAUAUUUUUAUUUUCUUUCUAUUUCUUACAAUCGCUGUACUUGGAUAAUUUUUGCAAGUAUCUGCAAGUAUAUCUAAGACUCUGAAAAUAUGGAUGAUGAAAAUUUAUCUAGAAACACGGUAGGAAAACUCUUGUGAUCGUAUUAAAAAUGAUUUGAUUUCGAUAUACAGUAUAUAAAAUCGUAAAAAUCCAUAUAUGAUAUUAUUAAAUCCAAGCAGAUUACUGUAACGGUUUUAGUGAACACAUUUUAAUCUAAUCCUUUGAUCCAGAUUGGUAAACCUAGCUUAAUCUGGCUAAACUUAAUAUGGAUAAAUUAUUUAAUUAUUAGGUACUGUUGCAAUGCUGUCGCCAUGGUCCUACCCGGCUUAUGAGAGCCAUUCACCCCCCUGAAAAUAUUCAAAAUGGUACAAGUUCAAGGGGGUGAAUGCCUCUCAUAACCGCACUGGCUAGAAAAAUGGCGACAGCAUUGUUAUGACGAACAAGUAGGCAUUUACUUGGCCGACUCACAUACCAGAGAAAAAAACAAACAAACCGAAUUUAUGACUCGGUUGACAUAGUCACCCAAGUAAUUAUUGCGAAUCAUGGCAGUGGUUACACUUGGGGUUGGCUGGCUUUCUGUAGUCUGUAUGGUCUCUAUUCUGUGAACUUAUAUUUUUUUUCUGUCUGACACCAGAUGACUUUACUCAUCAAGGGAAAAGAAAAAAAAUUAAAAAAACUAAAAGAAAAAAGUGUUGGGCAUUAUUAAUUACCUACUCUCCCAGACUUUGUUUGGAACAUGACUGAAAAGUGUUUUUAUUGUUUUGAAAACAAGUUUUCCAUCUUACAAGAUUUUUGUCAAAUUUAGAAAGCCUUACAGAAAGAUAUAAAGAGAGCAAAGAUCUUUGCCGUACAACAUCUCACAAGAAGAAUUAAAAUGUUAAAAAAUAAAAGGUAUGGUAGUAUAUUGCCUUGUGCAUCUUAUCAAUAUGGCCAAAUUACUCAAUGUACCCUAUAUAUAUUAUUUUACUCUGUCUAAUGCCAGACAAUUUUACUUGUCAAGGGGAGAGUGCUGACCCUCAAUGGAUUAAUCAGAUUAUCUGCUUGUGCAUUUAGUUAACCCAUUGAGUGACAGCACUCUCUCCUUGAUAAGUAAAAUCGUCUGGUGUUAGACAGAGUAUUUUAUUCUUAUUUUAUAGAGGGACAGAGCAACAAGUUGAGAAAAACACGAGAAAAGCAACUAGAUUUUAUGAAGAACUUGAGUAUAUUAAAGUAACGUAAAAGUUGAUGCUUUAUUUUGUGAUCAAAUAAAUAAAUAUUAUAUAUCACUAAGAUCAAAGCAUUACAACUUAUAUGUAUUGUUAUUCAUCAGGAACUUGAAAUCGAUACUGUCAUAAAAAAGAUCCAAAAUAAAGACUCAAGUGAUUCUAUGGUGGUAGGUUUAAUUUUGAUAUUACCUAAGUAUGGGACAUUCUAAAUCCAGACCCCCCCCUGAAAAUAUAUAGUGUGGAUCACCCCCUUGUAUAUAUACAGUAGUAUGAAUCACCCACCCACCCCACACCCCUGAAAAUAUCUAGGCUGGUCACCCCCCCUAAAAAUAUCUUUGUUGGACCACAUACCCCCUCCGUGAAAAUAUCGACAACCCUUGGAUAGGUGCGCUUCUAAAUCUGUACUUGUCCCCUGCUUGGAUUUGCAACUGUUGCCACAAAAAUCCAAUCUAAAUAAUCUCAUCCCCAAUCUAACAUUUGUAACAAAAAUGUAUGUUGUAGGUUACUGCAGAGGAGGUUGAACAACGCGCUUUGGAUCGACUCAUUUCAUCAAAACCAAUUCAGGAUCAUUUAAAACUAUCAAAUACUACAUGUGCAAAAAGUAACCUUGUUUAAUUCUUGUGUAUCACAAAAUUCAUUCCUCCUAGUACUUACCUUUCUCAGUCGUUUGACUUUAAUUUCUUUUCCUAUUUCUCUUUUCCUUCACCAGUACAAUCCUCCCUCAAUGAUCCAGCUGUUAGAUCUGCAAAGAAAGCCAAGACAAAGCUCAAACUGAAGCAAGAAAAUCUCACCAUUCCCACCAUCCCGACAUCGAUACCUUCUUCAGCAAGUGACAAUGACUCUUGCCAGUCAGACAAUGAAAUAGAACUGGAGAGAACUCCAAGCUCAUUUUUUGUUCAGAGUUUAUCGUCUGUGAAGAAACGUGACCCACAUAGCACAAGACAAAAUAGCAAACCUGGAAAACAGAAAGAGAACAACUUAAAUAAUAAAUCUAGAAGCAAUAAGAAACCUCAAAAGGUAUUAGACUAGCUGACAUUGACCAUAUAUUCGUGGGUUUGAACUGGUUCAAAUUUUGAUCAGAGUUUUCGCCAUGCCCGCGAUAAUACCCAGUCAACUUUCAUCAACUCUCAUGCAACUCUAAAACUCUUGUUCUCGUUUGACCAGGACAUGCAGGAGAGUUGAGAAAACUCUAAUACAAACUCUCGUUUCUGAACUCUUAUCAACUCUCAUAUAACUCUUGUUCUCGUUUGACCGGGACAUGCAUAAAACUCUUAUGCAAACUCUCGCUUCUCAACUCUUAUCAACUCUCAUGCAACUCUUGUUCUCGUUUGACAAGGACAUGAGAGUUGAGAAAACUCUUAUGCAAACUCUCGUUUCUCAACUCUCAUCAACUCUCAUGCAACUCUUGUUCUCGUUUGACCAGGACAUGAGAGUUGAGAAAACUCUCAUGCAAACUCUCGUUUCUCAACUCUUAUCUUCGUUUGAACAAGGUUUACGAAUUUACUAAAAUAUUCGUUUGUUUUAUAUUAGGAACGCAAGAAAUCAUCAAACAGAAUGGGGCAAAGAGCAAGACAAAGGUAUAAAUGCCUAUUCUAUUGCUGAGAUGAUAUCUCAAACGUUGUUAUACAUUGUAGGUCUUUGUAAUUGUUUAGAGUUUGGAAAGAACAGUAUGGUAAGAAAGCGAACCACGUGAAGUCCAGUGAUAAAAUGGCAAAACCAAAACAGGACAAGACUCGCACGAAAUUGACGACGAAUGCAAAUCAAAAACCGAGACAAGAAACAAACAUGAAUAAAGGUUAGUCUUAUUCUAAUAUUUUAAGGUUAAAGCGAAUAGUUAUGGACGAAUUAGGACGUAGCUUUUAGUUUUCAUAAAUCUAGAAGAAGUCAAAACAAUGGAAACGACAAUGGAAUAUUCUGAUCACUGGAUCAUGACUGCAUGACAUGAAAAACAGUGAGAUUUUCAAAACAAUGAAACUAUUAUGAAAAGACAAUGGAACAUUUCGAACACUGGAUCAUAACUGAAUGGCAUGGAGAACAGUGAGAUUUUCAAAACAAUGAAAAGACAAUGGAACAUUCAGAUCACUGGAUCAUGACUGGAUGACAUGGAGAACAGUGAGAUUUUCAAAACAAUGAAAAGACAAUGGAACAUUCAGAUCACUGGAUCAUGACUGGAUGACAUGGAGAACAGUGAGAUUUUCAAAACAAUGAAACGACAAUGGAACAUUCUGAUCACUGGAUCAUGACUGGAUGGCAUGGAGAACAGUGAGAUUUUCAAAACAAUGAAAAGACAAUGGAACAUUCAGAUCACUGGAUCAUGACUGGAUGGCAUUGUUGUCAUGCGAAGACUUACAAAUCUGAUUUUUACUUGCAGGCGCCAAGAGAAAAGAGAACUCUGUGGAAGAAACGGCAAGUCAUCCCUCUUGGGAAGCAAGCAAACGAAGAAAACUUCAACAAAAUAUCAGUCAGACAAAAUUUCAAGGAAAGAAAAUUACUUUUGAUGAUAGUGACUAAAAGAACUAAUGACUUAUGCGAAACUUUCUGUACAGUGUACAUUUAUUUAAUGCAUGCACAAGUUUCAAAAUAGAUAUAAUAUAUAAAGCAAA